AUGCAUCGUAAGCAGCGUCAUAGCCGAGGCUUGGAGCCUUUCACGGUGAGACCGGGAUCCGAGACAGGACUGUACUACAUUCUGGUCGCGAAUCUCGCUCCCCGGACGACAUGGAGAGAGCUAAAGGCGUUUGCAUCCCAAGCCUGCGAGGUGGAUCAUGCUGAGGUAUACCCUCCUACCUCCGGUUUCGUUAGGUUCCUCGAUGGCAACACGCUCGACUACCGCGCCCUCCAAGCGGAUGGCCGGAACCUGAACCAGAGUACUGUCGUCAAGCUCAUGCCAACGGACUACCAUGCAGCAAGGAUCUUGCGCGGAGACGAGGGAAGAAUUUACAACGAACCCGAAAGCCCCGCCUCUGAUUCCGCCGAGCCGCUGCCUCAGGGCGCAAGUGCAGUGCUGGGAAGCCCGCAUUUGGGAUUCCAGGGGAGAAACAGUCCGGCGUUCAGCGUGCCAGAUACCCAGUGGAGUUAUGUCACGUCGUCUUCAUACACGGAUGAUGGCGGGAGGUACCAGCCAGCUCCUCACGCAAUCGUUAUGCCAUCCAUUUCCGGAGCAUAUCAAGUCGUAGCAGCCUCUAGCCAUGGAUUCGUUGCGCAAGCUCCCAUCACGCCGCCGAUCACGGCAUACCGGACGGUGCCAGGCCCGACGGGCACCGCUGCCCACAUCACUCAGCACCAGUACAACGACCCUAGAAUGUACUAUCCCGCAGGAACCGCCUCUACUAUGGGUGUGCCCGGCUAUGCCGGCUUUGUCCACAUGACCGGGAGCGGCUGCGGCCACUUAUCUGCGAUGGCUUACGAAUGGCCUCUAGUCCCAACCCACUCGCCGCUGCAGGGAGACAUGACCGCCAGUCACAAAAGCGCAAAAAUCCUCAUCCGCGGGUUGGAGCGGAACCGUCUUUCACCGGCCGUGGUCACGGAUCUGCUCGUUCAGAAUGCUGGAAUUGGCGCAACGCCAGGCCAGGUUGAGAAGGUGGAGCUGCCACUUAACAAGGACGGCAAGGCGCGGGGCAUCGCGUAUAUCACGUUCAGCACAGAGGAACUCGCGGGCGCGGCCGUGACGGCCCUUGAGGGAUGCAAGGCAGGGGGCAGCAGGAAGCUGUCGGCGCGGCUGGUGGUGGAAGGCGUCUCGCCGGAGGGAUCGGACGAUGGUGCUCCUCGGCCAUACCAGCGAUUGGCUGGUGGUGGUGGGAGUCGGGGCGGGGGGAGGGCAGGCUCUAGCUCAAAGAGAGGAGCUGGUGGCAAGGCGCCAAAGUCGUCAUUGCAGGAACAGUCUCCUCGUACGUCGACCGAGACGCUGCUAGUGCAGUUGAAAUCUGAUACAGCGGUAUCCGCACUACCAUCUGCAGCAAGCGACGGCCAAAGGAAGAAAGAAGAACGCCCGGUGAUUGUUGAUGGGAGCGGAGGAAGAUGGAAGAAGGAACCGGCGCCGGUUGUGGUGGGUAGAACUGCCGGCAAGUAA